UCUUCCAAGAUGAAGGAAAAGAGCGAGGUCAUCCAAGAGUUCAAGGAGCUCGUCAACAUGACAGCCCAAGAGCUCAAGGAAUGGCUCAAGGGCGACGAUUCCACGAGCGCAGGAUGGAGCAAAGACGACGGCAGCGGAGAGUCUGUUGGCCACGACAGCGGCCGACGGAUCGUCGAGAUUCUCGAGUCUAAUCCUGACAAGGAUCCGGAAAAGUAUACCGAUGACGAUGUUAGCCACAUGAGAAAGGUUGUGUCUUACUGUAAACGACACUUGGCUCAGGAAGAAAAGGCCAACAACAAGAAGCCCAUUGAAGAGGUGAAGAAGACCAAGUCGUAUGCGUCGCUCAAGAACUGGGGCCAUGAUCCCAUCAAGAAGCGUCAGGCCAACGGUGGUGGUGCUCAAGACAAGGCAGAAGAGAAAGAGAAAGAAGAAGAGAAAGAAGAGAAGAAUGACAAGGAAGAGAAGGCGGGAGAUAAGCGAAAGGCCCCGGAUGACCAGUCCGGGAAGAGCAAGAAGAGAGAGACCGAAGAUGGUGCUGCUGAGGUAAAGGACAAUGAAGAAAAGGAUGGCCAAGAAGAGGAUGCUGAGGGCGAAGAAGAGUCAAACGAGAAAGAGAAAGAGUCCAAGAAUGGCCAACAAAACGGCAAAAGCUCAGGCAAUGGAGACGCUUCCAAGGGACCUAAGGAGGGCGAUACCGUGAGCUGGAACUGGGGCCAAGGCCAGCCUGAAGGAAAAGUCAAGGAGGUGAAUCCGGAUGAGACCACCGUUACGACGAAGAAAGGAAGCAAAGUGACUCGGAAGGGCAACGAGGAGGACCCUGCUGUUGUGCUUGACACGGGCAAGACGGACGCGGUAAAGCUAAGCCAUGAGCUGAAUGAGACGGAGGACUGA